CGCUGGGUGUGGGGCCUCUGUGGUGGUCCUGAUGCGCCCCAUGCCGCAUUGUCUGUAUCCACAGUCAACACAGAGAGCCGCGGCGUGGGGAUCAAGCAGAGUCAGCUCUCUGUGAGCUCCCGCAUUGUGCAAGAGGAUGAAUUAUUGAAAGCAUUGAAAACUAACGAGUCGCUCCGCCUGACCUUCAAUCUCCAGCUCACCGAAAGCACUUCGGUGGAAUGGGAAACCGUAGUCUGGCGCGGCACCCUGUACAUCCGGGUGCCUAGCUGCUUACUGCCCGAGGGCUCGAAGGAGGGCUUCGUCUCCCUGCUCGAGUACGCCGAGGAAACGCUGGGCUGCACCAACAUCGUCGUCUGCCUGCGCAAGGAUCGCGCCGACCGAGCCAUGCUGGUGCGCACCUUCAUGUUUCUGGGCUUUUCCGUCUUACCGCCUGAUCACCAGCUGGUACCCCCGGGCAGCGACACCGGUAACCUCUACAUGCUCUACGCCAUCGAGUAGUCGGACCAGGAGCCCAGGCCUCCUCAGGGUGCAGUGGCUGUCGCUGGCUCUUAAAUAUCUACUAUCGUCAUCGCCGUCCUCGUCGUCCUCCUGUGUUGGGCGUCUCCUGAUUUGUUGGGGGAUCUUACUUACGAUGAUGAUGAUGAGGCGGUGAUUUGACCGGCCGGCGUGCGGGCUGCAGCAGCCGAGAGAGGCAGCAGCCUCUUUUAUUUAACGCAUAGGUUUUAUUUGCAUCAUCCAGUCACGAAACUUGUCACAUGCGCACCAAAACUGCUCCAUCCACCGAGUUGCAUGAGAUUAACAACCGUGGAAGUUUAUCAUAACUCCUGAUUCUCGUGAUUCAUAAAAAAAAAAAAAAUUAAUUUUGCUGCACGCGCCGAUAGCUGCAGUUUCUCCAGUUUAAGCGAGGGAUUUGCUAAGCAGCACUUUAUUCAAUUUUUUCUCAAAAGUCCAUUUUUUUUAUGUUAGGUUAUGUAUAUUUGCAAAAGCAAUGAAUAUUCAACACGUGUUACAAACUAAAACCUAAGCGUUAAAUUUUAGGGUUAAAGCGGGUCUUGGAGGCAGGUAGUCGCUUUUAAGAAAAACAAGAGGAACGAAAUAAAUUUAAUCGUAGAUCGUGUAAAAGCAGCUGCUUAGGCAGAAAACCGAGAUUAAUUCAUUCUCUUGAAACACAAUGUUAAGAUUUAUCUCGUAAGAUAUAAAGUGCUCACAAAAAAAGCUUAUCCUACACGUUUUUUAAAGAGGUUCGGUGACCGAACGUUCGUCAAAUUCCAUCUUGAAAGACCGCCCGGUCCCCGGAUCGCUGAGAAAGUUUAUUACCGAUAAAGCUCCAUGUUAAUUUUGUGGCAGAUUGGGCAUAACCUUGAUAGAUUAUAUAUAUAUAUAUAAAAUUUAAGGAUAAGAUCGAACAUUAAGUUUAAAGGUGUUGAUAUAAUUAUUUGGAAAUCGAUGGCAUUAUACAUUUCAAGUUUAAGCGUAAAUCUGUGUAAUGAAGUACUCGGAAAAGCCACUGGAAAGUAGAUUCCCGGAGCACUAGUUUUUUUUUUAUUUUACUGAAAAAUCUAUACCCAAGAAGACUUGAUCGACUGGUGUGUGCUUUAAGAGCGCGACGAAUUUAAUUUUACAAUAGCGUGUGCAAUAUUGAACUAUUUACUAUGCAGAACCUGCUAACCUGACUGUGCUGUACUUAAUACUGUUACUGAUGUCGCUCAUUUUUUUUUUUUUUUUCCCGUUACUUUCGUGUCGAAAAACAUUGAUUUCAUGUAUUAAUAUCUAGUUUUUACGUCAAAAAAAAAACAGUUUCGACAGAACUUGAACAUUCAGUAAUCAGUUACAAAAAUCAUUAAGUAUUAACGAUAACUUUUUUUUUUUUUUUUUUUUUGUUACAUA